AUGACGCAAACACCCCCAUCCCGCAGCGCCGAUGAUCAUGGCCAGAGGUUCGAUAACCAGGAUACCGAAAUGCCAGACGCAGAAUGCGAACGAUGUCUUCAAGAUAAGCGACCCGAUAUUCCCGGCCGGGUUCAUUCUCAUGUGCACACGGCCGCGGUCACCGCAACAACAAUUACUGAAAAGUUCAUGACCACGUUUUGGGGAAAGCCCGAGAUGAGGCCCUCCUGCCCGCCUCCACCUCCACCGCACAAGACCCUGCAGAUGCCUGAUGCGGUGCAAAAUUCGACCGAUGAAGAGGGAAGAAAGCCCCAGCCGGUCGACGAGGGGGAGCCAGAUCCUAAACAGAACAACGACGUGAUGGCCUUCCAAAACCUCGCAGUGGAAAUGAAACAGAAGAUCGAGCAACUUGAGACUGAUCUUGCAAACGCACCGUCAGCCGACUCAGUUCGCGCACUGGAGCGUUCUCUUCAGGCCGAAAGCGCGCAGAAAGAACGGGCCCAGCAAGAAGUCCGACAAAAGACCAACGAGUUAGACGUCCUGCGAAAGCGCUGGAAGCAAGCCGCGCGAGAGUUGGAUAAGUCCCGGUCCCAGAGCCAGGGCUUCUACCAAGUGACAGAUAACUACCUCAUUGAGCUCACCACGCGGCUGCGGUACAACAUCAGGAACUUCGCGCUUCAGUACUUCGAUGGCGAACUCAAGGGACCGCGGCCAAGAUUCGACAAGCCCAAGGUAUGGGACAAAUACAUGCAGACGACGACCCCGGAACCGCUGGACUGUGAGGCAUUCAUGAUUUCGGAACGAAGGCCCAGUGCUGUCCAGGCGUUUCUGUGGCGAUUUCUCGUUGGAGAAGUGUUUGAUCAUUUCCGAUGGGCGGGAGAGCUGGGCAUCACCCUGCGGAAUAUGUGUCUUUUCCUAAGGCCUGAAGGACAAUAUCCUGAUUCCAAUGAGCCUAUCAUCCCUGAAGAAGAGCGCAAGUUCCAAGCGUGGAUCGCCGGCACAACCGCGAUGGUCCUGGAAGCCGGAAGCACAUCGAAGAAAUCAAAGGCGUUCACAGAGCAGGUCCAAGUAACGAUCGAGUCGCUGAAUCGAAAAGUCCGCGAAGUAAUCGAUCAUUUCGUCGUUGUGGAGGACCAAGGGUACGCGUUGGAGAUCGCUCGGAUUGUCGAGGAAGCUGUCAAGCUUGACACAGAGAUCAGUCGUCAGGCCGCGCGAGUGGAAUGGGUGUUUCCAGCCCCGGCGAAGGAGAUCCUGUUCGACUCGGAGGUCAUGAGACUAGGGACGGUGGAGGCAGAAUCCAAAGCGAAGGAGAAGCAGCUGGUGCGGUUGGUGGUUUGUCCGGCCAUGAGGAAACGAGGCAAGUCGACCGGCGACGACUUUGGAGCACCCUCCACUUUGCUGGUCCCGAUGGAGGUUUCUUGUGAGCCUGUAGUGAGAAACGAGGCGAGUCUCCGGAAGAUGUUUGUUUAA